AUGAGCAGUACGGCAGGGAAGCUCGUGACUUCGAGAUCGGAGCUCGAAUUGGAUCACCCUAACAUCGAAGAUUACCUUCCUUCUGGUUCCUCCAUCAACGAGCCUCGCGGCAAACUCCGCCUGCGUGAUUUGCUCGACAUAUCACCAACGCUCACUGAAGCUGCUGGUGCCAUUGUUGAUGACUCGUUCACGAGAUGUUUCAAGUCGAAUCCUCCGGAGCCUUGGAACUGGAACAUUUACUUGUUUCCAUUAUGGUGUUUUGGGGUUCUUGUUAGAUACUGUAUUCUCUUUCCCUUGAGGUGCAUCACUUUAGCUUUUGGGUGGUUUAUUUUCCUUUCAUCGUUUAUUCCUGUACAUUCUCUUCUCAAAGGUCAUGAUAGGUUGAGGAAAAAGAUAGAGAGGGUCUUGGUGGAAAUGAUAUGCAGCUUUUUUGUCGCAUCGUGGACAGGAGUUGUUAAAUAUCACGGGCCACGGCCUAGUAUCCGUCCAAAGCAGGUCUAUGUUGCCAACCAUACUUCCAUGAUUGAUUUCAUUGUCUUGGAGCAGAUGACUGCUUUUGCUGUUAUAAUGCAGAAGCAUCCAGGUUGGGUUGGGCUUCUGCAAAGCACAGUAAUGGAGAGCGUAGGAUGUAUCUGGUUCAAUCGUUCUGAGGCAAAGGAUCGUGAAAUUGUAGCGAGAAAGUUAAGGAACCAUGUCCAAGGAACUGACAAUAAUCCUCUUCUCAUAUUUCCUGAGGGGACAUGUGUAAAUAAUAAUUAUACAGUAAUGUUUAAGAAGGGUGCUUUUGAAUUGGACUGCACUGUUUGUCCAAUCGCAAUCAAAUACAACAAGAUUUUUGUUGACGCCUUCUGGAACAGCAGAAAACAGUCAUUCACUAUGCACUUGUUGCAACUCAUGACAUCAUGGGCUGUUGUGUGUGAAGUGUGGUACCUGGAACCCCAAACUAUAAGGCCAGGUGAAACAGCAAUUGAGUUCGCAGAGAGAGUCAGAGACAUGAUAUCUCUACGGGCAGGUCUCAAAAAGGUCCCUUGGGAUGGAUACUUGAAGUAUUCGAGGCCAAGCUCCAAGCAUAGUGAACGCAAGCAACAGAGUUUUGCGGAGUCAAUCCUGGCUAGACUGGAAGAGAAGUGA